AUGUCGGACGUGCAGGAGGAACCUCUGAAGGGCCCCGCCCUGUAUCAUGCGCUCUUAGACAAGUUCCGCGCUGUGCCAGACGCCGAAGGGAAGUUGGACUGCGAGAAACUUGCCGAUGCGGCGAUGCAAAUAUCUGUUGUGUACGAACUGGUCUUCGGAAAGGGGUUCAUUUCUCGCCACCUGAAGCAAGAUAUCGCGAAUUCCUCUGGGCGGAUGAGGGAAGCAGCAAAGGCGCUGAGUGAGAGUCGAGGUGGGGGCCCAGUGACGGCUGACGAUUUGAUUGCGUGGGAGCUAACUCAUCUUGGAAUCCCUCGAAUGCGGAAGGACCAAAAGAGCGGCGUAAGGGGAAUGCUGUGGAUGCAGCGAGCGCUAGACUUCGUCUUCACUCUUAUUUGCAACAUGUUCGGGACCAUGCAGAGUGCUACGGCCAAAGAAUGCGCAUUAGAUGCCUACGAUCGCAUUCUGAAGCCCUAUCACAGCUUUCUGGUGUCGAACGUCGUCUCCCUAGCCUUCAGUCUCGCCCCGUCGAAAGAGGAAUUUGUCAGUCGUCUGGGCUUCGACAUGUCCGAAGCAGAGAAGUGCCUAGCCAGUAUCCAGGAGGAAAUUCUGCCAGUGAUUGCCCGACUGAAAGCUCUACUGGAGGAGUCUCAGUGCAAUUUCCCUGACAAGGCAUAG